CGGCGUUGAAUUUUCCCGCUCAGCUGAGGUGAGGCGGAAGGAGCGGAAGGGAUGAAGUGAGGCAAAAAUGUCCAACUACUUGCGAACUCCUUCCAACCUGUGUUGAAGAGCCUCAUGUGACUUUAUCGGAAACUAUUGCCAAUGGCGAUUUUGGUUGUGCAGAUGCUUACUUUGGUCAUUGAAGAAGACGGCAUGUCAAAACCCAAUACUGAUAAUUUCAGACCCUAAGACAGUCCUGAUCUUUCUGAACGGCUAAACACAGACACCAUGGCUGAAGCUCCUACCCCACCAGUGUACAGAAUGGUAUCAAAUGAGAAACAAGAAGGUUUCAAUAUUGAUCACACCUACUGCAUUGCACUCUUUACACAAAACGAGCCCCUUCACCAAUUAGACCGCCGUAUUACUCAACAUGCUAUGGACACUGGCAAAGAUUUUGACUGUAACUGCUGUAAAAUGCUGAGCAUUAAGGUAAAACAUCUAAAGGAUAAAUUGGCUGUAUUAUUAGCCCAACAAGAAAAGAAAGAGAUUUCCCAAGCUUGUAUCCAGACAGAUCUCAUUGCAGUGACUACACAAAAUUUGAACAAGCGGUUGAUGUCCAAGUACGAACAGGCCCUGAAAGAGAUCCACAAGUGGAAAGUUCAGUGCAAAACACUUCAGAAACUGAAAUCUGAGCCAAGUGCCACACAGACAAAAGAGGCCGACGUCGACAGCAGGAGAGAGGUGGAUAAAAUAUACUGCCAGCUUGCAGCUUGUUGUACUGAAAGGGAUCAGUAUAAGUCUGAGGUCGAGCAGCUAAAGCAACAGAUGUCACAAAUGGAUUCUGAAAUGAGGCAAUUUAGGAAUGAAGUGGAACAGCUAAGAAAGGAAACGCAGAACACGGCCUCAGCCAGCACAUCAAGAGAUGAAAGGCAUAAAUGUCCACGUUCUCCUGAACUCAAUCCAGCUCCUGUUAUAAAGCCUCAUGUGCCUGUAUCAGAGACUGGUGUUCUUCCAUAUGGCAGUUAUAAUAGUGAUAAUUUUACCAUCCAUGAAAAAGACAGCACACCCAACCCCAACAUGGCCAUCACUGGUCUUGAAAUGUUGACUACAGGAAGCACAUCUACAGUCAGCACCCAGACUGCCCAAUCAGCAAUGAAUAUAAAAGCUGAAUGUGGUGGCUACAUAAACGUCCAUGCAAGCCAACGAGUUCCAGAUACAAGUGAUUAUUACCAUUGUGAUGGGACCGCCACAGAAAUGAAGCUUCUUCACCAAAGUUCCGUACCUGCAGUAGACCUGGGCAAAGAAUACUACUAUAAACAUUUUGAAGAACUUAGUGUCAAGGUGAAGCAUCUAGAAAAUCUGUUAGCUGCAACUCUAGUCCAGAAAGUGAAGACAAAGACUUCCCAGGCCAUCCAGACCGAUCCCAUGCAAGACAGUUCCAGGAUGCAGUUGCUGUCACAGUAUGAAGAAGCCAUUAAAGAGGUCCAAAUCUUGACGCAUCUGUACAACACAUUACAGAAACAAGAAUCUAAACUGGGGUCCACCCCAGCAAAAAAAGCUAAAGUCCAAAGCAUGAGUGAGGUGGACAAAAUGGCAAUCCAGGUCGACCGAGUGGUCCGCCAGCUUGACGCCUGCUGCACUGAGCGGGAUCUUUACAAGUCUGAGGUUGAGCAGUUAAACCAGCAGAAUUCACAGUUGGAUUCUGAAAAAAGCCAACUUAGGACUGAAGUGGUGAAGCUAAGAAGGGUGACAACCUCAACCACUACUUCAAGAGAUACAAGCACAAAGCUCUGGAACCUCAGAAUGAAUGUGGCCCGCUUACUGACCAUACUGAUUCCAGAUCAGAACUUUGGAAACUGUGAUGUUGAUGCCUUUGAUGACAUUUUACAGCAAGUGCUGAAUCAGAAAUAAGGCAAUGAGGAAUUCUGUUAUACACCAAUGCAGUGCGGCUUGUUUGAUUUCUAAGUACGAUAACUGUAUUCACACUGAUCAGUA